UCAAAUCUCUUCUCCUAACUUUCAAACUCUUUCUCCCAAGUUAAGUAAUUAACUAAUUAUGAAAAAGACAGAAAAACAAAAACAAAAAAACAUACAAAUAUGUAAUUAGUAGUAUAUACUUCUGGUUUUAUGUUUCGAUUUUUGGUUUUGGAGUUUUGCUUUUGUCUUUGUUGGGUUUUAGGACAGAGACCCAAAAACGCAAUCCAAAGAUAAAAGGGCAGAAAACCACUGACAGGAAACACUCUAUUAAGAACAGCAGCUGCAGCUUUACAGCUUUGAGAAAGAACUCAAAAAGAAGAAAUGGGUCAUGACCAGGAGGAGGAGGAGACACCACCAGCAACCCCAACGACCAGCGCCGGCAAAGACCAAGAAGAAGAGACUUGGAACCACCAGAAACAGACCGUUAUACUCGAGCUUUCUGAGAAGCUGAUAAAUGGAGAUCUUCAGGCCAAGAUUGAAGCUGCUAGAGAUAUAAGAAAAGUUGUUAGAAAAUCAUCUGUUAAGACACGUUCAAAGUUUGCUGCUGCUGGUGUUAUUGAGCCUCUUGUCCUUAUGCUCUUGUCCCCUAAUCUUGAUGCACGUGAAGCUUCUCUUCUUGCUCUUCUCAACCUUGCUGUUAGAAAUGAAAGAAACAAGGUCAUUAUAGUGACAGCAGGGGCUGUCCCUCCUCUUGUAGAGCUUCUCAAAUUGCAAGACAGUGCUUUGAGAGAAUUAGCCACAGCUGCAAUAUUAACACUAUCAGCUGCUGCACCUAACAAGCCCACAAUUGCUGCCUCUGGAGCUGCACCCCUUCUGGUUCAAAUCCUUAGCUCUGGAAGUGUUCAAGGAAAAGUUGAUGCUGUCACUGCCUUACACAACCUAUCGACCUGCAAAGAGAAUUCGAUUCCUAUUCUUGAUGGCAAAGCAGUUUCUCCACUUAUCAACCUCCUCAAAGAAUGCAAGAAAUAUUCCAAGUUUGCUGAAAAAGCAACAGCCCUACUCGAAAUCCUUUCUAAAUCUGAAGAAGGGCGAGCUGCAAUCACCAAUUCAGAUGGUGGGAUUUUAACCUUGGUAGAGACUGUUGAAGAUGGCUCUCUUUUCAGCAUGCAGCAUGCUGUUGGAGCUUUGCUUUCUUUGUGCCAGAGCUGUCGAGAAAAAUAUAGGGAACUUAUUCUUAACGAAGGUGCAAUCCCGGGGCUUCUGCGACUGACCGUAGAGGGCACAAGUAUAGCUCAAGAAAGAGCUCGUACUCUCUUGGAUUUGCUCAGAGAUACUCAGGAAAAGAAAUUGGCUUCCUCAGUCCUGGAAAAAAUUGUGUAUGAUAUUGCAACCCGUGUAGACGGAGCAGAUAAAGCCGCGGAAACUGCCAAGAGGUUACUGGAAGAUAUGGUUCAAAGAAGUAUGGAACUCAGCAUGAACCGCAUCCAACAUAGGGCUGCAUCUUGCACACCUGCCAAAGUUCCAUCUGCGUGAUGCAUGCUUUCUGCCCAGGAAGCAAGUACACCAGUUAAAAUUUAUAUCCAUUCUAGAUCACCAUCCAAGAGAGUGGUAUCAAUAGAGUAAAAUAUCAUGGAUUGAGUUUCACUACGAGUUUUUACCUUUUGGAGGUGCUAUUUACUACCUCAAGGCUGUGUUGUCCUCGUGUAUAUAUAAAAAACUUCUCUGUAUAAUACGUGUACAUUUCCACUGAUGAAAUCAUAAGAGAGGCUGCACUGAAUUAAGGUUGUGAUCUUUGACAAAAGUUGUCUAAAUCUUCCAUGUUCCUGAAAGACUACUCUUCAUUUUCCCCUGAUUAUAAACUUAUUUCACUCUUUUCUCCUGUAGACCCCAUAUCAGUCGUUAUUAGUGCUGCAAGAGAGUGGUAUGCAAAAUUUGGGAAGAUAUGUUGCUCAGCUUUUCAGGUUAGAGCAAGAUGUGUUGUAUCUAGCAUGAGUUUCAGCAUUAAAAAAUUAUCACCAACAUAAGUUCAUGGUGGUUCAAACCCAAGACCACUAAUGUCAAGGUUUAACAACCCUAACUAUUGAGGCAAUCCCUUGUUGGUAUCUUGGUUAUCUUCUUUGGUUCAAUGGAUAGGUUAUUCGGUUAGGUUAAUGGGAAUCCCUUGAUGUUCUUGAUGAAUAUUUGAAUCUAAGAUAUUAGUAUAUUUCCAUUGCUGAAAAGGAAGUAAUUUAAACCCUCAGAUUCAACUACGACAUUCAACAGUGCUCAACUUGU